CCACCCCCGUUUUCGGAGCCCUCCCCGCUGCGGCCCCUGUCCUCUCCGGACCAUGGCCGACGACGACGUGCUGUUCGAGGACGUGUACGAGCUGUGCGAGGUGAUCGGCAAGGGUCCCUUCAGUGUUGUACGACGAUGUAUCAACAGAGAAACUGGGCAACAGUUUGCUGUAAAAAUUGUUGAUGUAGCCAAAUUCACAUCAAGUCCAGGGUUAAGUACAGAAGGUAAGAGAUGGAUUUCAAAUCUAAAGCGGGAAGCCAGUAUCUGUCAUAUGCUGAAACAUCCACACAUUGUAGAGUUAUUGGAGACAUAUAGCUCAGAUGGAAUGCUUUACAUGGUUUUUGAAUUUAUGGAUGGAGCAGAUCUGUGUUUUGAAAUCGUAAAGCGAGCUGAUGCUGGCUUUGUAUACAGUGAAGCCGUAGCCAGUCAUUACAUGAGACAGAUACUGGAAGCUCUACGCUACUGUCAUGAUAAUAACAUAAUUCACAGGGAUGUGAAGCCCCACUGUGUUCUCCUCGCCUCAAAGGAAAACUCAGCCCCUGUUAAACUUGGGGGCUUUGGGGUGGCUAUUCAGUUAGGGGAGUCUGGACUUGUAGCUGGAGGGCGUGUUGGAACACCUCAUUUUAUGGCCCCAGAAGUGGUCAAAAGAGAGCCUUAUGGAAAACCUGUAGAUGUCUGGGGUUGUGGCGUGAUCCUCUUUAUUCUGCUAAGUGGUUGUUUACCUUUUUAUGGAACCAAGGAAAGAUUGUUUGAAGGCAUCAUUAAAGGAAAAUAUAAGAUGAAUCCAAGGCAGUGGAGCCAUAUCUCUGAAAGUGCCAAAGACCUAGUACGUCGGAUGCUGAUGCUGGAUCCAGCUGAAAGGAUCACUGUUUAUGAAGCACUGAAUCACCCAUGGCUUAAGGAGCGGGAUCGUUAUGCCUACAAGAUUCAUCUUCCAGAAACAGUAGAGCAACUGAGGAAAUUCAAUGCAAGGAGGAAACUAAAGGGUGCAGUACUAGCAGCUGUGUCAAGUCACAAAUUCAACUCAUUUUACGGGGAUCCCCCUGAAGAGUUGCCAGAUUUCUCCGAAGACCCUACCUCCUCAGGAGCAGUCUCACAGGUGCUGGACAGCCUGGAAGAAAUCCAUGCACUUACAGACUGCAGUGAAAAGGACUUAGAUUUUCUACACAGUGUUUUCCAGGAUCAACAUCUUCAUACACUACUAGACCUGUAUGACAAAAUUAACACAAAGUCUUCGCCACAAAUCAGGAAUCCUCCAAGUGAUGCAGUACAGCGAGCCAAAGAGGUGUUGGAAGAAAUUUCAUGUUACCCUGAGAAUAAUGAUGCAAAGGAACUAAAGCGUAUUUUAACACAACCUCAUUUCAUGGCCUUACUUCAGACUCAUGACGUAGUGGCACAUGAAGUUUACAGUGAUGAAGCAUUGAGAGUCACGCCUCCUCCCACCUCUCCCUAUUUAAACGGCGAUUCUCCAGAAAGCGCUAACGGAGACAUGGAUAUGGAGAAUGUGACCAGAGUUCGGCUGGUACAGUUCCAAAAGAACACAGAUGAACCAAUGGGGAUCACUUUAAAAAUGAAUGAGCUAAAUCAUUGUAUUGUUGCAAGAAUUAUGCAUGGGGGCAUGAUUCAUAGGCAAGGUACCCUUCAUGUUGGUGAUGAAAUUCGAGAAAUCAAUGGCAUCAGUGUAGCUAACCAGACAGUGGAACAGCUGCAAAAAAUGCUUAGGGAAAUGCGAGGGAGUAUUACCUUCAAGAUUGUGCCAAGUUACCGCACUCAGUCUUCAUCCUGUGAGAGAGAUUCCCCCUCCACUUCCAGACAGUCCCCAGCUAAUGGUCAUAGCAGCACUAACAAUUCUGUUUCGGACUUGCCAUCAACUACCCAACCAAAAGGACGACAGAUCUAUGUAAGAGCACAAUUUGAAUAUGAUCCAGCCAAGGAUGACCUCAUCCCCUGCAAAGAAGCUGGCAUUCGAUUCAGAGUUGGUGACAUUAUCCAGAUUAUUAGUAAGGAUGAUCACAAUUGGUGGCAGGGUAAACUGGAAAAUUCCAAAAAUGGAACUGCAGGUCUCAUUCCUUCUCCUGAACUUCAGGAAUGGCGUGUCGCUUGCAUUGCCAUGGAGAAGACCAAACAGGAGCAGCAGGCCAGCUGUACUUGGUUUGGCAAGAAAAAGAAACAGUACAAAGAUAAAUAUUUGGCAAAGCACAAUGCAGUGUUUGAUCAAUUAGAUCUUGUUACAUAUGAAGAAGUAGUAAAACUGCCAGCAUUCAAAAGGAAAACACUAGUCUUAUUAGGUGCACAUGGUGUUGGGAGACGACACAUAAAAAACACCCUCAUUACAAAGCACCCGGACCGGUUUGCAUACCCUAUUCCACAUACAACCAGACCUCCAAAGAAAGAUGAAGAAAAUGGAAAGAAUUAUUACUUUGUAUCUCAUGACCAAAUGAUGCAAGACAUCUCUAAUAAUGAGUAUUUGGAGUAUGGCAGCCACGAGGAUGCGAUGUACGGGACAAAACUGGAGACCAUCCGAAAGAUCCAUGAGCAGGGGCUGAUUGCUAUACUGGAUGUGGAGCCUCAGGCACUGAAGGUCCUGAGAACUGCAGAGUUUGCUCCUUUUGUUGUUUUUAUUGCUGCACCUACUAUUACUCCAGGUUUAAAUGAGGAUGAAUCUCUUCAGCGUCUCCAGAAGGAGUCUGAUAUCUUACAGAGAACAUAUGCACACUACUUUGAUCUCACAAUUAUCAACAAUGAAAUUGAUGAGACAAUUAGACACCUGGAGGAAGCCAUUGAGUUCGUGUGCACAGCCCCACAGUGGGUCCCGGUCUCCUGGGUCUAUUAGGCCUCUCCCCAGAUAGCUGAUGCCUCACUGGGAACCACCUCAUACAUGGAAAAGCCUCUUUGUUAUUGGCCUUGUGUCAGCAGGUCGUGGUCCCUAGAGACUACCUAGUUGUAGUGUGACCUACAUUUAUAAUUAUUGUCAUGUCCGAAUAGAUAGGAGGAGAAAAAAAAAAUUACACACUAAUUUAAAGAGACAGUAUCUUUUUUAAUCAGUUCUCCUAAACUUUAAUAAAAUGUAUCUUUAAAUGUAUGUAUUAUUCAAUCCUUUGGAAUGUUAUAUUUUUGGAAAUCAUAGCUUUUUAUUUCCAAGGCCCCUAAAAACUGCACAAAAUAGAUGCUGCUUUCUAUAAUCUAUUUUAAUAAUAAUAAAAAAUGAUUCUGUUACCUUGACUGGGGGUGGAGCACUACAUUCUUUUUAGAGUCUGAUUUUAUGGAUUGGAAUAUCUUUCUUUCCUUUAUUUAUUUGAGAUAAUUAGUCUAGUGAUUACAAAACAGUCAUAAAUUUUUAAAGGCCUUUUUUCUCUCUUUGGUUUUUUUAGAAUAGUAUUUUUUUUUAAAGUCAUUUUAUGUAACAUCCAGAUGAUGUGAUACUGUCUCUUUGAAGCACCCUGUAAACCUUUUAGAGAUUUGAAGUUGGGUCUUGACUCUUAAUGCAUGUGGACAGUCGCGAGCGUUUAUGCUGUCGGUGUGUCUGUGUUGGACAAAAAAUCUGUAAUCUACAGCAAAGUAUAUUCCGUUCACAGGGCACACCCAGGGGAAUAAGAAUAAAAUGCUAUUAUGACUAAGUUGUAAACCUAUGCACAUCCCUUGCAUUUCGGGCAACUUUAUAAAAAAAAAAAGAAACUGAUUUUUAUUAAUGAUAAUCAUGUAGUGAAAUGUGUUUGUAAUUUUGUCUCAAUUUAAUUUGUUGUAAGGUGGGAGGGGGAAUUGCUGGUUUCACCAUUUCAGAUCUGUGUUGUCUGAGAGUAUUAAUGUUUUACUUAAGUAAAGAAAUGAGGAUUUUUAAUAUGUAUGUAAUUGUUUUAAAGCACCCAUUUUAAGAGAAAAUACUGUGCAAUGAAGAAACCAGUUUAGGCAUUUGCUAUAAACUGAAUUAUUCCAAAAGAAUAAUCUAUAACAGCCCUGUAAAUUCCUUUAAAAUGAUAACUAACAGGGCAGUUUGACCAAUUUUUUUUUAAAUAUACUUCCUUUUAUGUGUUCAAUAAUUAAAUGCCUUUGGGUCCUUCAUUUCAUUAUAGAUUUGUUCAGUUUUCCAAGCCGAUGAUCUUUUAGAUUUUAUAGUUCAUUAGACGCUCAUUGAACCAUCAGAAGUCCCAGGAGUGACAUCAAUUGGUAGGGCAACAAAAUAAUCUGCAAGAGAUUAUUCACUGACUCACAGAGAACGGUGUGCCCAAGAACCACGGCAGCCAUCGAUGGACAGGAGGCCAUCUGUGGUUUCUACUUCCUCUUGCUAUAUCCCUUGGCACAGGAGACUAGUCUUUCCUUGUUGGUUUAGCGACAUGAACCAUCUCAUCACCCUUCCAUGAGAUCACAUUCUUCCAGUUCAGGAGAUUAGGGCUUGGGGUUUUCGUACUCUUUGCCAGAGGUCGGUAGAAUGUUUUUCAGUAGAAAUUGAGGGUGUGACGUUGUUACAGUAACCUGUGAUCCUUAAGAAAACAUCAUGUUUUCUUCUUGUAGAUUAGAUGGCCUCAGUCACUUUGUGCCUUGGCAGGAUGUGCAGGGUGUGUUCUGAGCUAAACAGCUCCUCUUAAAGGACCAAACAGAGAAGGCAUUUGUAUACUUCUUUUACAUUGUCCAUCACCACCUACUGUUAUUAAACAAUGCUAAUUUUUUUUCUGAUGUCAUCCUUUGUCCAUAACAAGAUGAGUCUGCUAACUUACUAACCAGGGAUUGAGUGGACUUCUUCUCUUUGGGCCCCACAGAAUGACCAAACAACCAAACCAGAGGCAAGUGCCACAGGAGUCAGACCCUGGAUGGGGAGAGACAUCCAAAGAGUUGCCCAGGGCUGUGCUGGGACUGAUUUCCAGUCUAGUCAAUGCCAAGGCAAGGCAGUCAUUCCCGUAAUGGCACUGACCACGAUCCGGGCUCUUUCCAGUAUGAAAAUGCCCAUUCUACCUCUUUUCCAUUGAAGCACAAAGAAGAAUACAACUCACGCAUGGGAAACAGAAACUUCCCUCCCUCUGGUAGAAAACCCGCAUCACUGCUUGCCCUCAGAGACCAACUCUCCAGAGAUGGUGACCGUGCCUGGAAGGAAGCCUGUCUUAAUCCAUCCACCACGUUACUAAAGGCGGCUUAGGCAGAGGAGGAGAAGAGCCAUGCCCCUUUAAAUUUAUGUGACCCCAGAAUUCAGAAGCAUUCCAGUGCUUGUCCUUGCAUCUCGAUUGCUUCACGCAUCCUCUGAGAAGCACACAGACAGGCAUUGUGCUCGCCCUCGCGCAGAUGAAGAAAUUCCUGCAUCCAGGCUUCUAAAGAGGUCAUCCGUUCCGUUCCACUAAUACGUGUUUUUUCUAAAGCAGUGUCCUUAUGACCUUGCAGAAAAUACUUCAAUUUCUGAAUUCAGAGUGAUUUUGGUGCAUCGCAGCUGCUGCCACCUUACAAUUGUCCACCAAGCAAUCAGAGGAAGUUGCUAAGAGCUUCUUUACUGCUUCCAUUCCAUCAACAAAGCCUUUUUUUUUUCCUUUUAAAGACCAGCACAAAUGAUUAGAUGAUUAAAUCUUAACAGUGGUCAGUUGAAGAGUUGGAGAGCCAUAUCCUGAGAGUUCCCUCCCCCACCCCAAUCCCACACUCCCCACAACCAAAAAAGGGGAGUAUUUUUCAUACAUUGCAUUCUUUGUUCUUAAAAGCAUGAACUGUCCUGAUUUUCUAACCAGAAGGCAGUAAUUACUCUGCACAUGCAGCAUUUCCCGAUUUUAACCCUGAAAAGGAAAAGGUUGCCCAGUUUAAUUCAUCUGCAAGUCUCCCAGUGUCAAGAUAACAUUGUAGCUUCUUAAAAUGCAAUUAAAUGUAUCUCCUGUCAGGUGAGAUGGUUUAAAAUAUUUGCUCACAGGAAAAGAAAUGGGUGACCUACUUCUUGCUGUUUUGCAUUCAAUAGACAUCAUCCCAACCCACAGAAUAUCUAAAGAUGCUGCAAAUUUCCUCGCUGUGUGAAGGAAUUGCAGAGUGUUCCUCUUUCCCCAUUUCAAUUCCAUUUCACAUCCCUGGAGCCUGUCAGUCAGGGCCAAGCCUUCCUCUGUGAUUUGGGCAGGCCUAGACUUUACUAUUAUCUUUCUAAAGCCUUUGAUCUCAUCGCUGCAGAGGACUUUUGGUUGUUUUUUGUUUUUUUGUUUGUUUUUAUUCAUGCAUAGACAUCUGUUCAUUAAGGCUUUGAGCUCAUUCCUUGAAAAGGUUUCAUCAAUUGAGCAACCGUUCGGGAGAGGGGCCAGUGGAGAAGGCUGGAGUGGAAACAGACCCUGGAGAAAGUGCCCCUUGGGGACGAGGCAGCCAAAAGAAACCUCGUUUGUCUCCCACUUGACAUGAUGUCCUAGUUUUCAUUUCAGGCCAAUUUCUUAACUUGGGGCAAAGAGAGCAUGCUGUUCAAGCUAGCAAGAAAAUUGCUUGAUUAAUAAAUUCUUCAUAAAAAUGCCUCCCCUCCCAUCCCCUUGGGAAGAGUAGAAGGCAAUUGCAAUCAGCAUUCCAAAGCAAGCCCCUCACAGGCCUCCUUCCUCCUCCUUUCCUUUCAUCAAAUCGGCUUUCUUCAAAACUGAGCAUAGCCUCCUAAUUCCAUCCUCUUUUCAAGGGCUUAGCUACUGAGGCUGAUUACGACAUGUAAUAGGUGAAAAGUCCCUGAGCACUUUUGUCUUGUUCUGCACCUCUAAUUUAUUCUUCUCUUAGAUAUGUUGCUUCACCCUGCAGCUUACAGAAGGGCUACAAGCUUUAAUCCCAAAUCAUUUCCUUUUUGUCAGAGUUUUCUUUCUCUUACUCCUUUAAAAGUAAGGUUUUCCUCUCUAUGUGGUAUUUACUGUUACAAAAAUAUACUCAUCAGGCUUAAUGCUCGAUUGCUUUUGCCCAUACGCUCACAUAUCAGUUUGCCUUAAACGUGGAGGUAUUAGGAAUCUCAGCUUUUCCAGCUUGGUGAGUCAAGUUUAGAUGGCUCAUUCACCCAGGAAAUGGCAAACAGAGAAAAGAAGAGUUUUGUUCACCAACGGUCAACAUCCCUUUCCCCAUCUGGUCUUUUCCUGGCCACUUUUCACUGCAGGAGUCGGGCAGACACAGCCCACAGAAUUAAAAGUAGGAAGAGGGCAGCGCCAUCUCUAGGGCGGGCAAUACCAAGUCAUAGCUCUUUGGAGGAGGGGGACAGGAAAUCCUGAGCUCCUACCACCUCUCACCUGACACUCCAUCCACUCUUUUGAACCUGUGCAAAUGGACCGAGCAAAAGAAAAUGGAAAGAUGUUUGUCACCACACAGGAGGCCUCAUUUCUGGCCCCAAGCACAACUCUGUACCUAUAUAUGCUUGGAAGCUCGGGCCUUUGCUACCCCUUAGGUGUCAGCUCCAUUCUCUCUUGUGUGCAACCGAAGCAGCAUGCCAGUGUUUUCACUGAGUCAGGAAAGCAUGGAGACCCAGAGCAACCAUCUCUGGGCCCAGGGGAAGUACAACCUCCGUAGAAGGAGUUCUGCUUGGGAGUAGAAAUAGGAAUUCCUCCACAAUGGGUGGCCCCACCUAUUUUGUUUUUCUUCUUUUUUUAAAGAGACAAAGAAUUGGGGGAAUUGGUUUACAGUCUUAGCUGUCUCCCAAAAUGUCAUCUGUGCAGGUGGGUGGGAGGCCGCUGCAAAGGCUGCCCAGUCCUCACAUGCGGAGACCAGAGCAUCGUGGUUUAACUGCAAUGUAGACGCGUCGCCAUCCAAACUCAGUUCCGGAGUUGUUUUUCAUCAAGUUUUGCCACCGUGUUCUUUUUUCUGUAUGUAUUAUUGCCUUUUUAUAAAAGGUUUUGAAGUAUUGUCUCAGUGAUAAAAAAAAAAAAAGAGAGAAAGAGAGA